CUUUGCUCCUUGUGACAGUCACAACUGUAUAAUUUCCAAAAACGUGCUAGAGCAAAGUCUUUUCGAUUCACAAUUUUCACAUCCCCUCCCCUUCCCUCCCCCGUAUUCUCCUGGUCUCUUCAGCUUCUCUCCAAUGAUGAAAGAUUCCGAUUUGUCUUCCCUUAUUCGACUUAACAUUGUUUUCUCGUUGUCGGAUUUGGUUACACCAAAAGUUAAUGCCUUCAACUGAACAAAAAUCUGUGGGCAGGAGGGAAGAAAUUUUGUACUACUAUUGAUACAUUGACCUGCCGUGAGCCUGACUCCAUGCUGGCAGCUAUGUUCAGUGGUCGCCAUACGUUGUGUCAGGACUCUGAGAAGGGAUAUGUCUUUGUUGAUAGGGAUGGAAAGCAUUUUCGGCAUAUUCUAAACUGGUUAAGGGAUGGUGUUGUUCCCACAUUGACAGAUUCUGGAUAUUCAGAGCUCAUGAGAGAGGCAGAAUAUUACCAGCUACUUGGACUAAUAGAAGGAAUCAGUUCUGUUUUGAAUAAGAGGAAGGAAGAUGAUGACUUGGGUGCUGAAUUGACACGUACUGAUAUCAUCAAGUGCAUACAGUCUGAAAGAGUUAGAUUUCGGGGAGUUAAUCUUUCCGGCCUUGAUCUCUCUAAAUUGGAUCUUUCAUUUGUGGAUUUCAGCUUUGCCUGUCUUAAAAGUGUAUUCUUCUCACGUGCAAAUCUUCAGUGUGCAAAAUUUCGGGAUGUGGAUGCUGAGGGUUCUAUUUUUCACAAUGCAACUUUGCGUGAGUGUGAAUUUACUGGGGCAAAUCUUCGUGGAGCUUUACUAGCUGGUGCUAAUCUUCAGAGUGCAAAUCUUCAAGAUGCCUGUUUGAUAGAUUGUAGCUUCUGUGGGGCAGAUCUUCGUUCUGCACACUUACAGACUGCUGAUCUCACAAGUGCCAACUUAGAGGGAGCUAAUCUUGAAGGAGCCAAUUUGAAGGGUGCAAAAUUAAGUAAUGCCAAUCUUAAGGGUGCAAACCUCCAACGAGCUUAUUUACGACAUGUUAAUCUUCGAGAUACACAUUUGGAAGGUGCUAAGCUUGAUGGUGCCAACUUGCUUGGAGCAAUCAGAAGUGUGAGGUACAUAUUGGAAGGACCAUGCUCAAGGAAAAUCAAAGUCAAAUCCAAUGAAUACAAACAGUUUUCAUUAACUUGAUAAAUGGUAUCAUGAGAUUUUUAUGACUUGUGGAUGC